AUUCAAUUGAAUUGUGGUAUCAGGUAUCUUGUUCUUGUUCUUUCCAUCAUGUGCUUUGUAUACCAUCCAAUGCAUCUUCUCCUAGUUUUCCACUAACAAUCAUGAUAAGGUCGCACCAUGUGGGGGACAGCACACAGCUGCCAAGUCAUGACAAUUACCUCAACUACUCCAAUUCUCUUCGUAUUCUGCACAAAGCACAAGAGUAAUGGUGUCGUCAUCAUUGCCGCGGGAAAGUUCACCAGCAUCCCAAUUACUUGCUGCGAUGGAGCGUUUUAGCACAUAAAACUCUUCAUUGCCAGCCCACCAUCUUCCGGGAUGUGUG